AAUGUAACAGUUUCUCUAAUACUUGAAAAAUGAGCAAUUGUGCUUCCAUGGCUUCUCUUUUCUCUUUAUCUCUGUAAACUUCUCAAUUAUCGCAAUCAACACCCCAAAACAAAGUUGUAUAUUGUAUAUUGCUUUUUCUUAGGAAGGUUUUUGGUUUUAUAUCCCCUCCUUGUAUAUUAACUGUGUCAUCAAAUUAACAUACUAGUAAUCUAAGAUUAAUCCCCGACUUAUAAUGCAUAUAGAAGUAUAAGCUCCACCGUUCCAAUACCAAGUGCAAUACCUGUAGAGACCAAGAUCUUAUUGCCAUAUCUCAAACCCGUGACAUAUAUUAUCUGUUUUGGCCAAACAUACUCCUUCCGAAGGUUCUCAUUGAGGUUUGUUCCGCUCCCAUACUAAGGGAAUACCAUAUGGAGGAGAUGUUAAGCUCUAAUGUCAUAUUUGUCACAGCUCAAGCACACGACAUGUAUUGUCUGCUUAAGUUCAAUAACCCACAUAUAUUUGUCCCUAAUUGGCUACACGCCAUCAUUUUGCCCAGAAGCAUGCUUACCAUGUGAACUUGUGUUAUUCCGAUGCAAAAUUUAAUUUAAAAUUCUGUUUUUCUUGAUCAUGAAUGAAUCCAAAUUUUUGGACCCAAACUAAAGCUUUGAUAUUUGUGAGUUUAUUCCUUCCCCUUCUAAUAGGAAGCUGUACAAUCUAUUUAUUAAUUCAGUUACCAAUAUUGCCUUUAUCUAAUGCUAUGAAAUCAUUGGUGAGAUAAAUCUCUAGAUAAUGUGGAAAAAAUAGAUUGCUAGAAGACAAAGGUCAUUUUUCAAGCUUUAAUUAUUGUGGCCUAUGAAUUUUUCAAUGUUACUCUCAUGAAAAAUCACCAUACAAAAAGAAGAGUAGCAAGAUUUAUUUAUUUUUUUGGUUAAAUACAAGACAGAAGACAUUUCAAGUGACCGUUUCCAAACAAACUCACAUGAUGUUUUUUCCAAUCUUUGUAGCUCUUCUUAUCAUCACUAUUCUCAGUUUUCUUCUUCCAAAAAGCAAAAAGAAUGGAGAAAACAAUAUGCCACCAGGUCCUAUAGGGCUCACAUUCAUUGGAAAUCUGCAUCAAUUUGAUAGUUUAAAACCUCAUCUCUAUUUUUGGAAACUUUCCAAGAUAUAUGGAAAUAUAUUCUCAUUGAAACUUGGUUCUUCUACCAUGGUCGUAAUUUCUUCAGCAAAAUUAGCAAAAGAAGUGUUGAAGACACAAGAUUUAGUAUUUUGUAGUAGACCUCUUCUUCUUGGUCAGCGAAAAUUGUCUUACAACGGUCAUGAUAUUGGCUUUGCGCCUUAUAAUGACUAUUGGAGAGAACUUCGAAAAAUUUGUGUGCUUCACUUAUUUAGUCUCAAGAAAGUGCAAUCUUUUAGUCCAAUUCGUGAAGAUGAAGUAUCAAGAAUGAUCAAGAAAAUAUCUCAACAAGCUGCCACUUCACAAAUUACAAAUUUGAGUAGUAUAUUGAUUUCACUAACAGCUACAAUUAUUUGUAGAGUUGCUUUUGGUAUUAGGUACGAUGAAGAAACACAUGAAAGGAGGAAAUUUGCGGAGCUUUUAAAAGUGACUGAAGAAAUAUUAGCAGGCUUUUUUGUCUCUGAUUAUUUUCCUCUCUUAGGUUGGAUUGAUAAACUCUCUGGAAGAAUAAGUAGACUUGAGAAGAAUUUUAAGGAUCUGGAUGAGUUUUAUGAAGGACUCGUCAAGCAGCAUCUCAAUUCCAACAGGCCAAAAUCGAUGGAAGGAGAUAUUGUUGACCUUUUGCUCAAGUUGAAGAAGGAGAAAUCAACUCCAAUCGAUCUUACUUUUGAUGACAUAAAGGGAAUUAUCAUGAAUAUGCUAGUAGGUGGAACGGAUACAAGCGCAGCUGCAGUAAUUUGGGCAAUGACAGCUUUGAUAGGGAACCCGAAUGCCAUGAAGAAAGUUCAAGCAGAAAUUAGAGAAUCGGUUGGGAAAAAGUCCAUAGUGAAUGAAGAUGAUAUCCAAAAUCUUCAAUAUUUCAAAGCAGUGAUAAAAGAGACAUUUAGAUUGUAUCCACCAGCUCCAUUGUUAGUACCAAGAGAGACAAUGCAAAAUUCCGUACUAGAAGGAUAUGAAAUUAAACAGAAAACUAUAAUUCAUGUCAACGUCUGGGCAAUUGGAAGGGAUCCUGAAAUAUGGGAAAAUCCAGAAGAAUUUAUACCUGAGAGGUUCAUGAACAGCGAUAUCGAUUUCAGGGGCCAAAAUUUUGAGUUGCUUCCAUUUGGAGCAGGCCGAAGAGGGUGCCCAGCUAUGGCAUUUGGUGUGGCAACCGUGGAAAUUGUACUUUCCAAUCUUCUUUACGAGUUUGAUUGGGAGUUGCCUAGUGGAAUGAAAAGAGAAGACAUUGACACUAAUGUUUUGCCUGGACUUACUAUGCAUAAGAAAGAACCUCUGUGCCUUAUUCCUAGAAAUUCCAGUGUUUAAAUUAAUUAAAUAUGUGUGUAUGAUUUCGUUAGUUAUCCAUGUUUAAUAUAAGGUUGUACCUAUGAUUUCGUUAGUUAUCCAUGUUUAAUAUAAGGUUGUACCUCUUUAAGCCUGCCAUUUUUCGUUAUAAACUUGUAAUGGGAGUAGUCGUUUCAAUAAAAUUUCCCUUCUAGUUCUA